CAGAGUUAAUUUUGCACCGGAGCCAUCUUGAAUUCUCCGAGUUUUGCCUAAAUCUGGGGGCAGAGUAAACUUGGGUUCCUUAAAAUCUCUGGGCCAGGCCUAGAUCUUGGAACAAAGUUAACUGGCACUCGGAGACAUCUUAACAUAUUUAUUCAAGCUGUGAUUUUGCUGUGAGGAUUAAAAAUGUCGAGGCAAGACAAAGACAAGGUUUUACCUAAUUCUAAGGUGCUCUCGGUCGCUUUCUUCUACUUCAUCUGCAGCAUAUCCAUGAACUUUCUUAAUAAAGCGAUUGUAUCCAGCUAUGAGUUUAACUAUCCCUUCACGAUAAUGGCUUGUCAGAUGGUGUUUACAAUAAUUCUUUUGGAUUCUCUACGGAUAUCAGGAUUUCUGAAAAUGCAUUGGUUCAGUUUACAGGACGGAAUAGAAUUCCUCCCUGCCAGUCUAACCUUUGCUUUACACUCUACACUCUCCCUGAUAGCCCUUCAUGGCAUGAAUAUUCCUAUGUACGGAGCUAUGAAACGGUGCUGCCCGCUGGUCAGUCUCAUCCUGUCAGUCACCUUGCUCAAGAAACCUCGUCCCUCGGCCCUCCUCAGCUCAUCUAUAGGAAUAAUUACUCUGGGAGCAGUGCUAGCUGCUCUAGGAGAUCUACAGUUUGAUCAGUAUGCUUACUCUAUGGGAGCUUUAUCCGUCUUUGCACAGGCGUCCUACUUGACGUUGGUACAGAAGAGCUCCGAGUUUAACCACAAGAAUACGCUGGAGAUGAUCUACAUCAACGCAUACAACACCCUCCCCGUCUUCUUAACUAUGGCUCUAGUUCUAGGGGAACCGAGUAAGGUUGCAAACAGUUUAUUGCAUGAGGUUGCAUCAUUCUAUUAUGUUUUUCUAUUAUUAGUAGUGAGUGGAAGUGUGUUGACCUACUCCCAGUUCCUUUGCGCGGCAGUGUGCAGUGCGCUCACCACGAGUAUGGUUGGACACUGUAAAUCUGUUAUACAGACAGUUCUUGGUUUCUAUACUUUCGGGGGAGUCAAGUUCCACCCUUUAAAUAUUGCAGGACUGGUAAUGAAUAUAUUGGGCGGAGUAGUCUACGCCUACGUGAAGCAGAUGGAAGGACGGAGAAGGGAGAGGAGAAUGAGCAAGGUUGAAUCAGGUUCAAGAAAAGAAUCCAGGACGAAGUCUGAUGUUAUUUUAUGCAUUGAAGAUGAAAACCGUAAUAGAACUAGAGAUAUUUAGAAGAUUAAAUCAUGAAAUCCUCGGUUAAAACUAGAGAUGUCUAGGAGAUUAAAUCAUCAAAUUCUUGGAUAAAAGUUUAAAAACAUAUCCACGGAAAUAAUUUUACAUUCAGUUAAUAUAUCAACUAUUAUAUAUGCAUAGAUGAUAAUACAAACCCACCAAAGCUCAAAAGCUUAAACCUUCUGUCUUCCAUUAAUCUAUGAUUUUUGUUAUCUUUUUGUUGUAUAAUUCAAACCUCACACAUUUUUCAUGUUGAAGAUUUUUAAAAAAUUUAGAAUAAUUUGAAGUUUAAAGUUAACUAUCCAAAAAAAUUAACACAAAUGGCUUUUACCUCUUGAGAUCCUUUUAUUGCAAUCCAGUUUGAUCCUAUGCGUGGCACUGCAAACUACAUCGUAUAUGCAAUGUAUGGGCAAUAUGCUUUCCAGUUUGCAAAAUGCAUCUCUCUUAUAUUAGAAAGUGAUCAUUUAUUUUUCUACAAUUGCUAAAAGACAAAUUUAAAAUUGUCAAGGAAAAACAUGAUAUUUUUGCGUGAAAAAAAAUACGAUCAAUCCCCUGGCAAAAUGUGCAAUGUGCUAGUGUAAUUCUCCGAACAUAACAAAUAUAUUGUACAGUCAAUUUUAAAUUUUUAGAAAUCCAGAUUGUUCAGAAUUAGAUGCAGGUACGUUCAAUUCUCAGAAUUUUUUUUAUGGAAAAUAUGGAAAAUACUUGUCAAUUGUAAGUGAUAUUUUUAAGAAUAAUGUUCCACACAUAAUACUUUUUAAAAAGAGUACUUUAAAUUUAGAAAGCAGAAUAAUAGAUUACAGUUUUUGAACUUACACAAAUCCACUUGUACAGUUAUAAACUAUGCAUUUAUAUCAUACUAACUGGAGGACCCGGCGUUGUCCGUGGAUAAAAAAAUUCAAAUUUUUUUUUGGCUUAUAACAACAUGAGUGUCUUGAAAAAAAAUUA